AACAAUUUGAAUUUAUAAUCUGUUUUCGCGUUGAAAAGAUUUAUGGAGCAUAGGUGAAGUAGAAAAAUUGUAAAGAGAUGGAGCAACACUAUGUGAGAAAAGCCUUGGAAGAAGUUAUUCGAUUAGCUGAUGAGAAAGUCACAAAUACAGAAGAAGCGGUAACCAAGAAGGAAGAGGAAUUGAAAGAAAUAUCUCACUCUUAUGAAAAUACACUUGAUGAGUUAGGACAGUACUUUGCUUCUGUAGUGAAACAGCUGGAAAAAUGGAGGUCUGUGUUUGCCCAGGAUAUUCAAAAAAACAUGUCCGAACUGAAUACUAAAUUCAGGACAUAUGCAGUUAAAAUUCAAUCUGGAAAAGAAAAACUAAAGGAGCUAAGAGAAAAGUCAGCGCAAGUCCUGAAUCUUGGACACGCCUCUAACUCUGAUUUGGUGUAUCAAGUUCACAGUUGCAUAUUCUCCAUUAAUCAAGAUUUGGAAACUCUUUCAGAAUUUGUGGGUAACUGUUUACCGUUGAAAUUUGUCGGGAAACUGAAUUUCGAACAAGUACCGAAAUCGGAGAUUGGUACACUUGAGAGGCUAUCUGAUAUAUAUGCCGCUGAAAUUUUACCAAGCAAACUGCCGAAAAUUAAACUCGGUCAGUUGUUUCAUAUAGACUUCAGAAUUUCAAGCAAGUACUGUGAGGCUGCUCGCAAAUUCAUUGACUACUCAGUUACCAAAGACGAAGAGAAUUUUCAAAAAGUAUGUGCUUAUCUUCAGGACAAUAAGGACGGUACUUACAGCCUCAGUUUUCCUAUCACGCUUAUAACUCCACAUACAGUAAAUGUAAUGUACUUAGGUGAACAUAUUAAAAACAGCCCUUACACCAUUGUAUUCAAAGUCGGCCCUAAUCAGAUGUUAUCUGGUCCUAUUCAGAGUAAUCCUUCAGGUGGAAGUUUCCCUAACAAGGAGAUGAUUAAUGAAUCACAAAUUAACUCAUGUAAAGGGAUAGGACGAGCUAUGGGAGAUGACACUGAUGCAUUUAGGCGAAAUAAGUGGCCAAAUCACCUUGAAAACAGUCAACAAAAUAACAACUGGUCUACAGUUAACUAUGAAAAUAAUGAACAACUUAAACAAGAAUAAAUGUGUAUAUAUAUAUCUUAUGAGAGGAUGAGGAAUAGGUGGAGUUCGUUUAAUUCAGCA